UACACGUCACUGCACGGGGCUCGGGACUCGGUCAGGGACACUUCCGCCCGGGGCCAGGCACCUGCCAGGUUCGGGUGACGAUGGGGGUCAGGAUGAAGAGCAGAAUGAAAACACGAAGGCGCAUCCUGCUCUCAUUUCUGGGGGUACAACUGCUGCUUGUGGGGGUCUUCCUUUACCAGACAUGCUCUGACUCCUCCUCCUUGCGCCUGCUCUUCCGAGAUGGGCCAAAGGCAGGAGAGCCGCCCUUCCUGGCACAGUCCUCCUCUCCAGGGAUCCCUCUCCGGGACGUGUAUGCCAGCCUCGGCCAGAUCCGCCCCGUGGACGUGCCGCAGAAGGAUCUGCCUAACUGUCCCAUCAUCUCACCCUACAUCAAUGGCCCCUUGAAGGUGAUGGUCCCAGACAACCUGACCACGGAGAAGGUAGCGGAAAAGAACCCACUGGUGAAGCCAGGAGGUCAGUACUGGCCACCUGAUUGCUGGACACGGUACCAUACAGCAGUCGUGGUCCCCUACUAUGGGCAAGCCCAGCACCUACAGCACCUGCUCUUCCACCUACAUCCUUUUCUGCAGCGCCAGCAACUGCACUAUACCAUCUAUGUGGUGAAUCAGGUGAACAGCACUGCCUUCAGUCGAAGCCGGCUCCGCAACGUGGGCUUCCGGGAGGCCAUGCAGGACGAGGACUGGGACUGUGUCUUCCUACACGAUGUGAACGUACUCCCAGAGGAUGACCGCAACCUUUACACCUGUGACUUCUUCCCUGCCCAUGUGUCCGUGGCCAUCGACAAGUUCAAGUACAAGCUGCCCUACCAAGGCUAUCUCGGAGGGGUGCUUUCACUGCGCCCCAUUCACUACCUGAGGAUCCAUGGCUUCCCCACUGGGUACCAGAGCUUGGAAGACGAGGACAACGACAUUGCUACCAGGGUGAAACUGAGCGGGAUGUACCUCUCACGGCCUCACCUGCUCUUCGGCCGCUACCACAUGCUGGAGGGGCAGGACCCCGACCGUGGGCAGAGCCUGCCAAGGCUCCGCGUCCUGGCCCACAUUCGUCGGAGGUGGCGACAGGACAGCAUCAGCUCCCCAGGGUACAGGCUGCUUUCCAGGGAGCGACACCCUCUCUACACAAACCUCACUGUGGACUUCAGCUUCCCAGGCCCUGGAGCAACAGAGCUACACUAG